CCUUGUUUUUUCUUACCCUUGUCAGGUUUUGGGUUUUCCUUUGUGCUUGUGUGUUCAAGAUCUUUUGAUAUCAAAGGUGUGUGUGAGACCAAGUGAGCAAUUUGAGUACUUGAGGAUGUUGGCCUUCAAAGUUUUGAGCUUUGGUUAAAGAAUUUCGUAAGUUCAGUUCCUCCAAUCUGUACAUCUGGUGUGUGAAAGUACAAGGGGAGGAAAAAAGAUUUGAUUUUUUCACUUGGGUCAUCUCAAAAACUGAGUCUUUAGAUAUGGCCACUGAGAUGGAGGGAUGUACAAGGAAGGAGAAGGAGGCAUGCCCACAACUGUUAGAUUUGAUUCCAAGAGAGAGAGACUGGCUUGUGAGCAGAGAUAUUGAGAGAAGCAGCAGCCGUGGAAGCUCCUCCUCAGAGGAGAAGAAGCUUGAGCUCAGGCUUGGCCCUCCAGGUCAAGACUGGUCAAUGAAAAGAGAGAGAGAUGGGAAGUCUCAGUCCCUUCUCUCUCUUGGAUACUAUUCUUCCCCCAUGUCCUCCAACCAAACCCAGAAAUUUAUUUCUUACCAGCAGCAAGCAAAAGUUGCAUCUUUUCUUCACCUGCCUGUCACCCCCAACAAAGCGUCACAGCCCUGGUGCACUAAAGCACUAGACUUGCAGAAUGCAGAAAAUAAAGGGUUUUCACCAGCCCCUGCAAAUACAGCUGUGCUCCCCAACACCUCUCAGAAAAGAACUGCUCCUGCUCCAGUUGUGGGUUGGCCUCCAAUUCGAUCAUUUAGGAAGAAUCUUGCAAGCAACAAAAGCUCAUCAAAAUCAGCAGUCGAAUCCGAAAAUGUUGUCCAAAUCAAAGAUCCUAAUGGUAAACCAGUUGAAACCAGCGGAAAGGGUCUGUUUGUGAAAAUUAACAUGGAUGGAGUCCCCAUUGGAAGAAAAGUGGACCUCGGUGCUUAUGACAGCUACCAAAAGCUCUCGUCCGCUGUCGAUGAACUCUUCCGUGGCCUUCUCGCCGCUCAAAGAGAAUCCUGUAAUGGUGGAACCAAGAACAAGCAAGAGGAAGAGAAAGAAAUCACAGGCUUAUUGGAUGGAAGUGGAGAAUACACCCUUGUUUAUGAAGAUAAUGAAGGAGACAGGAUGCUUGUUGGGGAUGUCCCAUGGCACAUGUUUGUGUCUACUGUGAAGAGGGUGCGUGUGCUGAAGAGCUCUGAACUUUCUGCACUUCAUCUUCGUAGCAGCAAAGAUAAGAUGCCACUUUGAAUCUGCAUUGAACUGAAGAAAGAGGAAUUUUAAUCUCAAGAUUCCACCACGGAAGUUUGUAUUUUGUAGUACACUAGUUUUGUGUGACUUAUCUGAAAUUUUGCUUUUGUAAUUUCCCUGUCCAAAAAAAGGAAAGAGAGAAAUGGAAGGAAAAUUAAGAGUUAGCUGAGUGAUGUGUGUGGAGAUGUAUGGUUUUGUAAUUUGGCUGAAAAUCCUAUUUAUUUUUCUUGGCUCUUGUAGAAAAAAGAGAAGCAAAUAAUGUGUUUUGGGUGGUACGUCACUUAAUACAUUAUGUAUUCUAGUAA